AUGACCUUUAAUAUUGCAGCUAUCUAUCGUGCCCUGAUAUCGUCCUCCCCGAAGCAACCUCUCCGUCAGAGUUUCUCUCAAUGGAGAGCCGCCGCGUCGACCUACGGCAUAUCCACUCCGUCGCCGACUUUGCCAGAGCUCUCGCUCGCCAAUAAAUGCCCCUUCGUUUUCGAAACUGGCUAUGCCCUGUCUCCGAAACGACCCUCCCGCCCAUUUCCUCCCCCAUUUAUCUCGCCACCCUCUUCAUCGUUUUCAGAUCCGUUGACGACAUACCAUCGAAGCCAGGAUGCCAGACCCUCAGUGAAUGGAGAGUUAAUCCGAGGUCUAACAAAUGGCGAUGAUGCUGUGCUCGUUUCACCGAUUUUUUUAGGCGUGAAUGAUGGAGUCGGUGCCUGGGCAACAAAACCUCACGGUCAUGCUGCUCUAUGGUCUCGUCUGAUCCUCCAUUUCUGGGCCUUGGAAGCUGAACGGAAUAUCGAUGGCCCUCGCCCUGACCCUGUGGAGUUCUUGCAGCGUGCUUACGAGCAGACCGUGCUUGCUACUUCAUCUCCAAAUGAAUGGCUCGGCACUACGACCAGUGCAACCGCCUUGCUGCAUUACCAAAAUGUUGCCGGCUCUUUAAAGCCCCUACUCUAUGUUACUAACAUAGGGGACUGCCAGAUCCUCGUCCUACGACCAAAGGAGGAAAAAGUGGUAUUCAAGACUCAAGGUCAAUGGCAUUGGUUCGACUGUCCGAUGCAGCUUGGUACCGAUAGUGUGGAUCGACCUCGAGAUGACGCAUCACUUUCGGUUAUCGAACUCCAGGAAGAUGAUAUCGUUGUAGCCUUAUCUGAUGGUGUCACAGACAAUCUAUGGGAGCAAGAUCUUUUGGAGCUUAUACUUCUGAGCUUAAAGCAGUGGGAGAAUGGAAAGGGAAUUGAGGUUGCUGGGGAUCGUACUGCCGGGAAGAAUGGAGGAAUGUUGUACAUCGCGCAACAGUUGCUUCAGACUGCAAGAACAAUUGCACAAGACCCUUCAGCACAAACUCCAUACAUGGAAAAGGCGAUAGAUGCAGGACUGGCUAUAUCUGGGGUAUUGUCGUUGGCCUUUGCGAAAAACGAGAUACAUGAUGAGCGCUUAGGCGAUUACGUUUCUGGAAUUGACGGUUAUGAAAUUUCAUCAAUUAGGGUGUGCGUCCGAGAUUUUUCUGAUCGACAGAAUGGACCGGACGCUAUAUUCAUUCCUUAUGGCGUUCUUUGUUUUCUUAUUUUAUGCAUAGAUUUUACCAUUCAAGGGCUUGAUUGGAAGCGAUAA